AUUGCAAAUCAUCUUCGUGUCUCCAAACAAUUUAGCUGCAUUUCUCACUGAAAUACGUGAUUUCAAGAAGUAAAUCUAUCAAAAAUUCGUUCAAAAGUGAUCAAAUUCCGAUAAAAUGGCUGCGACAACAUUAGAAGACAAAUCCAUUUGGGAAGACGAGCAAGAAUCUCUCGGCGAGGAGGUCCUCCGGAUGCCCACAGACGAAAUUGUCUCCCGUACGCGUCUCAUGGACAACGAAAUUAAGAUUAUGAAGAGCGAAGUGAUGCGAAUCAAUCACGAGUUGGCGGCGCAAAACGAAAAAAUCAAGGAUAACACGGAAAAAAUCAAAGUAAACAAGACGUUGCCGUAUUUGGUGUCGAAUGUCAUCGAGUUGCUCGACGUUGAUCCGCAAGAGGAGGAAGAUGACGGUGCAAUUACGGUUUUGGACUCGCAAAGGCAGGGAAAAUGCGCCGUUAUCAAGACAAGUACGAGACAAACAUACUUUUUGCCCGUUAUUGGACUUGUUGAUGCGGAAAAAUUGAAGCCUGGCGAUCUUGUCGGAGUGAACAAAGACUCGUAUUUGAUCUUGGAAACGUUGCCCGCGGAAUACGAUGCUCGUGUGAAGGCUAUGGAGGUAGAUGAACGCCCAACGGAACAAUAUUCCGACAUUGGAGGCUUGGAUAAACAGAUUCAGGAACUAAUUGAAGCGGUUGUUUUGCCCAUGACACACAAAGAAAAGUUUAAAAAUCUUGGAAUUCAUCCUCCAAAAGGUGUUCUUCUGUAUGGUCCUCCCGGCACAGGAAAGACUCUCCUUGCUCGUGCAUGCGCCGCUCAAACAAAAUCUACUUUCCUCAAGCUCGCGGGUCCCCAACUCGUGCAAAUGUUCAUUGGCGACGGCGCAAAAUUAGUUCGUGACGCCUUCGCAUUGGCAAAGGAAAAAGCUCCCGCGAUUAUUUUCAUCGACGAAUUGGAUGCGAUUGGCACAAAACGUUUCGACAGCGAAAAAGCCGGCGAUCGCGAAGUACAACGUACGAUGUUGGAGUUGUUGAAUCAACUCGAUGGCUUUAGCUCGACUGCCGAUAUCAAAGUUAUUGCGGCAACGAAUCGUGUCGACAUUUUGGAUCCGGCGUUGUUGCGUUCCGGACGUUUAGAUCGUAAAAUUGAGUUUCCGCAUCCGAAUGAGGAGGCACGAGCUCGUAUCAUGCAAAUUCACUCGCGUAAAAUGAACGUUAGUCCCGAAGUGAACUUUGAGGAGUUGGCAAGAUCCACAGAUGACUUCAAUGGGGCGCAAUGUAAGGCGGUUUGCGUAGAGGCGGGUAUGAUUGCGUUGCGAAGAUCCGCAGCGUGCGUUACGCAUGAAGACUUUAUGGAUGCUAUUAUGGAAGUGCAGGCCAAGAAGAAGGCGAACCUCAAUUAUUAUGCUUAAUUUUUCAUUUUUUGGAUUUUUUUGAAAAUGAUAGAAAUAAAAAAAAACUCGUAUCUUAU